AAAAUCCUUAUUUGUUAUGUCAGUUUUGUUCGCACAGUAGUUGAUAAGUUGUGACAAGUAAUGAUAACAGACUUAUCAUCAUAAACUUUGAUCUAUAGAUACUGCCUUGGUCUUGGACCUUCCGUAACAGUAUUGCAUUGUUAUCAAGAAUUUUAAAAACUUUUUAUUUUGAACAUUGGUAAUAAGGAAAACUGUCCAAAAUGUCUCUAUCGAAACCAAUAAUGAAUCUGGUUGCAUCCUAUUUACAAAACUUGUACCUACACCCUAUUAAAACAAAAGCACUAACAAGUUGUGUGGUAGGAUCAGCUGGGAGCAUUGCAUCACAGCUUGUUGCUGGACAAUCAUUAAAAUUAGAUCCUGUAUUAGCUUUUGGAUUGUAUGGGUUAUUAUUUGGAGGCACCAUACCACAUUAUUUCUAUGAAAUUUUAGAAAGAUUAUUCCCUGAAGAUGUUGUGGCUUUUCCAUUGGCUAAGAAGUUAAUAUUUGAAAGAGCUAUCUUUGCACCGAUUAUGCAGGCAUUUUCUUUAUACACAUUAUCAAGGUUUGAAGGAAAGAAUCACAAAGCGGCUGUGAAGCAGCUGUUUUCUCUGUAUUAUUCAGUACUUGAAGCUAACUGGAAAUGGCUUACUCUGUUCCAAAUCAUAAACCUAGCAUUUAUUCCACCAAUGUUGAGAGUCCUGUUUAUGAAUCUCGUUGGAUUCGGUUGGGCAAUGUUCAUAGCAACUAAACGUCGCGAACAAAGUCAAAAGAAGAAUGCUGGAAACUAAAGUUAUUGAUUUGAACACAUCCAAUGCUAUAAAUAUAUAAAAAAUAGUAGUGGCAUGGAUUGUGUAUUGACUAUUGGGACGGAAGGUGGUGGUAAUUUUUUUACAUGUUUACAGGGAUGUAUGGGGCAUGUUAUAAGUUUUUGUAUCCUUGAGUCAUUUAAUGUUGAGAACAUAUUACAUUAUUUGUUUAAAAAACGAAACUUUUCAAUUUGAUUGUAAAGGCUGUGAAGCAAAAAAUCAUUCAAGGUCAACAUUAGUCUAUUUGAAAUGUCUAUUUUUGGUAUAUUAGUACUUUAACUUUUAAAAACUCAAUCUGAAGUGAAAACGUGAAAGUCAAAGCUAUGCUGUAUAACAUAAUUUUUGUAAUUUUAUAUCUGAUUACAAUAGUAACAAUAUAUUUGAUUCAGAAUAAUGAAUUAAAUAAAUUGUUAGAAAUAUAUAUUUUUAAAGAGAUAUUUAACAUUCCGUGAUUAUUUUUCAAUCCAGCAUUCAUUAUUAUUUAAUGGAUGUA